AUGAGCCUUCUUGAAGAAUCCACAGGGCUUUUGAGUGAUUUGGAUGAGGGUGACGUGCUGAGUAAUAGCACACCAAACAUUAGCAGAAUAGAAGCGAGUGGAAAUGAAUCUGCCAAGGAGAUAAUCGAAUCUGGUGAUAUUAAUGACAUUAUAGAGCAGGAUGAAAUAAAGAAAGCAUCUGGAACUCCUGAGUUGAAGCGCUCUAAUUUAGAGAUCGGAAAUGAGGCAGAAGAAGAAGAGAACGGUUCUCAAGAAAGAACGUUUGACGAAACUGGCGAGCUCGGAGAAGAAAUUGAAUACCCAUCAAACACAGAAGGGGAACAACAGAAGGAAGUUUGGAAUCACACCUCGCUUGAGGGUGAAAUUUAUGAUGAGGAUCAAGAAGAGCAUCAAGACGACACCCAUGACGACGCCCAUGACGACAAUGACGACAAUGAAAGUGACAACGACAAUGACGACGACAAUGACGAUUACGAGGAUGUUGAACUAAUCGGUUCAAGGCAGAUAUCAGUCGUUGAAAUCGACAGUGAAGACGAGAUUGAAAAUCUUGAGGAAACCGAAGCUUUAACGAAAGAGGUUAACGGAUCGCCCAGCACACACGAUCGGGCCCGAUCCCUUCAAAGUCCCAUUAUCGUCGAGACAGCCGAAGCCAAAUAUCUCUUGAUUGCCGAAUCUGAGGAUGCGGCUGAGUAUCCUGACCUUCAAUGGCUCUUUGAGAGAGAGCAAAUCGAAUCUUGGCUGCUCUUCGACUUUCUCAACGCCCUACGCCAAAGUGAUGUGUUUGAAGAUUUGAAGCCUCUUAACGAAGACGAUCUUUUGAAUGUAUCGUUUGACAAUCUAUUGACGGUUACGCUAGGGGAUCAUCGUACCUCUGAUCUCGAUCUUAUUGAGGUACUACUAGCUACUCAAAAUUACGUCACGAAAAGAAGCGAAGAUGACACUCCACUAACACUAACUCUCAGUCUUGACGAGAGCCCAGUGGCGAUCUUUGAUAGACUUUCUCGAGAGGUGGGCCGCAAACGCUCCAUAUCUAUGGAAGAGGAGAGAAAUGUGAAGCAAUUGCGGCAUUCGAUGGACUCAUAA